CUCUCGAUUGUUUUUUUCCCUAAUAAAUUAACUUGUGCAAUUCAUUCUAUAGGUACCUGUAUCUUCCUGGACGAAGGGGAGAUAUCAGCGUGUGAAAUUUAAGGAUAAUAAAUUAAGAAAAAUAGAGAUUUAUAAAACAAACGGUUGUCAAUUACCGAGACUUUAGUAGAUCAUUCAUCAAUUACAAUGUCAUUUUGGCCGUUUAGCAAUUCAUUAAAUAACAACAGCAGGCUCCAAAAGUUUCUAGACACCGUUACUGAUGUUUCGUCUGUGUCUGUGGAAGAUUUGGUUGUUGACCCUGAAUUACUGCUGGAACUAAUUAGUGAGCUCCAUAACAUCAAGGGUAAUUAUAGCAAAAAUGCAUUAAGUUUUCCAAUUCUGCUGCAAUACCAGCAACUGCAAAAUGAAGAAAGCAAUUCCAACUCUUUGACUUCUAGUAGUAUGAACGGAGAGACUGCGUCUGUGUCCUCAUUUAAUAAUGAAUCGUCGAGCAACAGCAAGGAUACUCGAGGAGCAAAACUCUUGGAGAUUUUAAUUCAACCACAUAUUUUAAAUGGUUUCCUUGAUUAUAUCGUCCAAAGUGUUGUUUUCUUUCAUGAGCUUUCGCUCCAAGAAAAUACUACAUCUGUUCUUGAUGAAGUGAAUGAUACAGUGGAGGUUGAAAACGGUUCUGCUGAAAAUCCAGACAGUGGCGAUAAACUAGAGCUGGUCAAGGAAGAUUUACUCGAAAAUUCUAUUAAGGAGGAAGAUGAAGAUGAGCCUGUUGAUGAAGAAUCCGCCGAAGAAAAGCUUCGACGCUACAUUCAAGUUUCAUCCGAUGUACUCUCACUUGAUCUAUGGAUUAUACUGAAUCGAAUCAUUGAAACCCCCAUUAUCAUGAGUAAACUCUGGCUGGUGCUUUCUCUUCCAGAAUUGGGAGAAAGCUCCCCAACAGUCUCCUAUUUGGUCCAUAUAUUAGAUCAACUUAUGGAUGCUAAUAGUAUAGAACUUCUCAAUUUUGUAAGAAGACAGCCCAACUUGGUUGAUAUCUUUUUAGAAAAGAUUGAAAUACCAAUGUUGAUGGACUUUUUCCUUAGAAUCAUCCAAACUGAUAAAGCCGACUCUCCUACAGGAAUCUUAGAAACUUUAAGUCUGCAACAAUUAAUUGUUAAGUUGGUAGAAAUUUUGAAACCUCAUCCAUCUCAAUUUGUACCUAGUUCAUAUGGAAUUCCGGAUUCAGAAUUGUUUUUCAAACAAACAGCAGCAACUGACUUUCUUAAGGCAUUAGUCACCAUCUCCUCAAACACUGCAUUGGCGAUAAAUUUGGAUACCAACAUUGGACCAAAUCAACUUACUAGAGAAUUGGUAUCAAGAGAUGUUAUUCGAACCAUGGUGGAAGAUAUUAUAUUAUUCAGGCCGCCAAAAACUUCACCAUCAUCUACAAACAAACAUGGUAUUAAUAAUUGUGUGGGGAUCAUCAUUGAAUUGAUUAGAAAAAACAACUCGGAUUAUGAUUCAAACUGUGGAAUUUAUAGUGUUAUGCUUCAACAAAAUGGAGGUAACGCAGAAAAUGGUGGAGGUAGUGAAAUCAAUUCAUAUGUUAUGUUUCAAUGGCUUAAAGAUUUUGAACAAAAUCCUCCAGGUGUACGAGAUCCAAUAUAUUUAGGUGAUAUGCUUGAAAUAUUUUCUGAUCAUUUGGGAGACAUGUCUGAAUUAAUGAAUAUUUCACAAUCAGAUUCUAAUACUGAAACCUUAGGUUUUACAAAUUUCAAAAUUUCUGAAUUAAUUGCUGAAUUGUUACAUUGUUCAAAUAUGAUUUUGCUUAACUCCAAAAAGAUUAAGAAAGUGAUUCAAGUUCGAGAAUAUGUUCGCUCUCAGCAGUGUCGUAGAUUGAAAAGAGCACUUAAUGAAUCUAUUGUUUCAGAUAACUUUAGUGAAAACGGGAUUAUUAAUGAUGUUACCCAUGGUCUUGAUGAUGUUUCUUUGGAUAACGUAAGUUUGGGUAGCAAUAACGUGAAUUUGGGUAUGAGUUCCCUUAACAAUAAAAAACCGGCUCUGGUUUUGCUGUUACUGCCUCAACUGUUACACCACAAUUCCCACAGUGAAACUAUUGCAACUGAUGAUGAGAUAUCAUUUUCCAUGGAUUUAGAUAUAGAUGAAAACGACUCAGAAGACGAGGAACCUGUAAUUUCUCCAGAGAACCCAUUUGUUGACAAAGAAAGAGAUGAAACCAUCAGGGUAAGUCCUUGUGUUGGUGAUAAAUUUAAGAUUGAUCUAGUAGAUCUGGGAAUCCUUCUGCUUAUUGUUAAGAAGUUUAUUGCCUUUCCAUGGCAUAAUUUCUUUCACAAUGUCGUUUUUGAUUUGAUACAACAAAUCUUUAAUGGUAAACUCAACUCAUAUAAUUCAUUUUUAAUUGUUGAGCUUUUCAAGGAGGAACAAUGUGAUCUUACUGGCCUUAUUAUUGAUUCAUAUAAAAAUGUCACUAGUCCUCGUCCAGGUUAUAUGGGUCAUUUAAUUCUUAUUAGUGAGGAAAUAGUGAAAUUUACCUCACUUUAUAAACCUGAUCUUAUAUCGCCAGUGAUUGUUCAAGCCAUAUCCUGCAAAGGUUGGGAGUGGUUUGUUAGUGAGGUUUUACUUAAAACUAGAGAAAUUUAUAAUGCAGUUUUGGGAGCUGAUAAUGAUGACGUUGAUAUAGAGGGUUUAGCGAAAAAUUCAGGAGAUAUUGACGAACUGGACUCAUUUGGGUUUGAUUCUUCGACCGUUGGAUAUCUUGAUCUCGACGCUUAUGAUCAUGGACAAGAAAAUUCCAAAAUUAUUGUCUUGGGAGAUAAAUCCAAUCACGACCGGUUCGUCAAUGAAACCCCAGUUGAUAAUGGCGAUGGAGAAGAAGGAGAAGAUGAAGAUGAGGUAAGGUCGAACAUGCCCGAUGUUCCAAUUUCUUCUCUUCAUUCCAUGACUGCCCAUGGACAGGAUAGUAUUGAUGAUGAUGAAAGUCAAGAAGAAAAUGACUUCUUAGAAAAUUUAUCAGGCUCUAGUUCGUCUGAUGAAGAAGAUGACGAUGAAGAAGAAGAAGAAGAAGAAGAAGAAGACGCUGACGAUGAUAACGAAUUACGAAGAGUUCCCAAGCACAGUAAGUAAAUGAAAGAAAUAGAAGCUUAAAUAGGUAUAAAUAUUUUUUUUUUUUUGUAAUAGUUGAAUGUACUUUUAUUUAAAAAACACCAAAACAUUAUAUAGAUUAUAGUUCUGU